AACAAAACAUAUGAAACAAGUUCAGAUUUGAAAGCUUUCAACACAAAAAAAAAACACAAAUAGGUCUCAAAAUUUUUGAAUAUGUAAUAUAAAAUUUUUAUAAGCAAUAAAACACAAUCAUACUUCGAUUAAAGAUAAUAUGAGCUUUAGAGCUCACGUCAAACGUAAUUUAUCUUCAUCAACGGCCGCAAGUACACUCUUUCAAUCCGAGUUGAUCUAUCACACGGUCAAGCAUGAGCCAACGAGCAAUUUUGUUAUAUCGCCAGUAGCUAUACGCUCGCUUCUGACAAUAAUCAGCGUCUCCGUCAUACGAGAGCCACAUCGCGAACUACUCGCGGCAAUGGGUUUGAAGAGCUCACAUCAGGGCAUACAAGAAUACAAAGCCUGCCGCAAUGCCAAUAAGGACGAGUUUGUCUUCACGCAGCACAAUGCCAUCUAUUUGGAUAAUCGUUUUGAGAUCGAUAUGUCAUUCCGCGUUACCUGCCUGGAACAAUUUCAAACACGUCCGGAGAAUCUAAACUUCGAGCAGCUGGACGGCAUUACUCAUCACAUUAACACCUGGAUUAAUGAACAGACGGAUGACCAAAUACUUACACGUAUUACAGCUGACACAAUAGAAGUACUCCAACAUAACUUGCUCGUAAAUAUUGGGCGUUUCGAGAGCAGAUGGAAGAAGGCAUUCCCGAAGAAGUUUCUUACUAAAAGCGAUUUCUGGUUAACGCCAACUGAGAAGGUGGAGGUGCCUAUGAUGCACGACUACUGCGACAUACCAUUCGGCGAGUUGGACGAACUGAAGGCCACUGCGCUGGUACUGCCUUACCGUAACAUAAAUGUAAAACUCAUCGUGCUCAUACCCAAGGAGAUCGAUGGUUUGCUCAAAAUGGAAGAGGAUAUGAAGCUGCAACGUGUCGAUAUUACCAUCUUGCCGUCGUUGUUGAAGGUGAAAAACGUUAAAGUGGGUAUGCCACGUGUCAAACUAGAGUCUAAUCUGCUCAUAAAUGAUAUAUUAAAGGAGAUUGGCAUAAAAGCAAUAUUCAACGAUUGUAUUGACUUUACGCGUCUUCUAACGGGGUUCAACAUAACGAAGAUAUCGCAAAUAAGGCAUAUCGCCGCAAUUGAAAUCAACGAUGAUGGCACCAACGCAUCAUCAGCAAAAGUGUCGUUUCUAUUGACCGAAAUGGAAAAGUGUACCGAAAUUGACGUAGAUCGGCCGUUCUUCUACGCUGUUAUGGACAAUGAGCGUAUCUACUUUGGCGGCCAUAUUACGAACACGAGCAAUUUCAUAGGCAUGUGAACUCGAAUUAGUUACAAAAAAUUUAAAUGACAAUUAUAAUUGCUUUACCUAAGCACUUGUUUAGUUUGGGAGCGCUAUUUCCAUUCCAAUUCUAAUGAUAAAUCAUGCUACAGGAAUAUUUAAUUCGAA